UACAACUUCCGGGGUUAUUCUUCCGUCUUCUUCUUCUUCUCAGCCUCUUCCACCAACGAAGAAGAACAGUCUCGGACAUUCUGCUACAGGGGGUUCUGUGCGAAGGGGCGCAAAGAAUACAUACAGUUCAACUGCCGUGGAAAUUAUCGCAAACAUGUCUCAUACAAUUCUGCUGGUCCAGCCCACCAAGCGGCCCGAAGGACGAACCUACGCUGAUUAUGAAUCUGUCAACGAGUGCAUGGAAGGUGUAUGUAAAAUGUAUGAGGAGCACCUGAAGAGGAUGAAUCCAAACAGCCCAUCAAUCACGUAUGACAUCAGCCAGCUGUUUGACUUCAUUGACGAUUUGGCGGACCUCAGCUGCCUGGUGUAUCGAGCGGACACGCAGACAUACCAGCCCUACAACAAGGACUGGAUCAAGGAGAAGAUCUACGUCCUCCUGCGUCGCCAGGCUCAACAGGCGGGGAAAUGAAGAGCCCGUGUGGGGGGUGGGGUUUUGGG